CAGAAGUACAAAAUACAAAGAUGAAAUGAUCAAAAUUAAUAAUUCAAAUUAUUGUGAAAAUGUGUUUUCUUCCUUUCGAAAAAUAAUAGUGACAUCUCUUGCAUCUAUUACUUGUACUUCUCCGUUAGUUCGGAACGUUCGCUGUGCUAUGUAGGUCAACAUUGUGUCCAUUUGCAAUGGUUAAACCAUAAACCGUAAUUUAAGAAUAGGCUACUUAGUAAAAGAUGCAGUAUGUUAAAUAACAUCGGGAAAUGCUUGCCAUGUUUUGCAUAAUAUUACUGUUGUUUGUUAACAUACUCGGGGUAACACGGUCUAUCGAUGCACCUUGUGACAAGUCUAGAGCUAUUCUUUCUCAGGCUAGUGGCACCAUUACGCAUGGACCUCCAGGAACAAACUACUCAAAAAACACACAUUGCGAAUGGCUCAUAAAAGCAAACAGUACAAAUCAAUUUAUCACAUUGGAGUUUAAAUCUUUAAGUACAGAAUGCUCUUAUGAUUAUGUAUUUAUUUACGAUGGAGAUUCAUUCAAUUCGCCACUUCUGGGAAGUUUUAGUGGAAAAAACCAACCACAGUCAGUCUUGGCCUCAUCAGGUUUUAUGUUAAUAUUAUUAUUUAGCGACACCAAUUAUGCUUUAGAAGGCUUUGAAGCAUCCUACUAUGUUUCUGAUUGUCCCAGAAAUUGUUCAAGUCAUGGAUUUUGUCUUCGCAACUUCUGCGUUUGUGACAACGAAUGGGGUGGACCUGACUGUGGUACAGAACUCUGUCCUGAUAAAUGUGGUGAACCUCACAGAGGAGUAUGCAAACAAGGGCGAUGUCACUGCCGCCACAGUUAUUCAGGAAUGGGUUGUACAUUGAACAGUACCGAUUCAACCGGAAACAGAUGGCAUGAUUUGUACCAAGGCGGUAUACAUCCAAGAGUUGCUCAUUCCGCAGUAUAUAUUUCUGAGACUGAUUCUUUAUAUGUUUUUGGUGGUUAUAAUUUAAAUAACAUUCUUGGUGAUCUUGUCGUCUUCCAUUUCAACACUUCUAUGUGGUAUGACCACAACGACAAUGUCAUAGAUCCUUUGCAUACAUCAGUAAAUUCAAUUGGGUCUGCUACUAUAAAUACAUUGAUGACUGCAAAGUUAGGAGAAACCAAAAGUGGGACAAACAAAUUAAAAUAUCUGUCUACCGAUAAUAAAACUAGUGAUGUUGUUGAACAAAAACAAAAUAAACCAUGGUCAGCUGUAUUGCAUGAUAUUUUUGUUUCACUCGCUGACGACUCAACAUUUCUUGAACAUCAAAAUGAGAAUAUUCGAUACUCUCCUAAUGAAUUAAGUUCUCGAGAAAAAGAUGAGUACCUAGCAAACGAGAUUAAACAUAAACGAAUUCCUGCCUCUCGUUUUGGCCACGCAGCAACAAAGUAUCCUGGAGGAUUCCUCAUGUAUGGUGGAAAACUAAAAAAUGGUCUUCUUUCUGGAGAAUUAUGGUUUUACAACGUACAUUCAAAAGUAUGGUCUUUGCGAGCACAAAACUCUAUCUUGCAACCUCCUGCUCUUACUAGGCACACAUUAACCUUUGUAGAACAUACAAAUAGUGUUUACCUAGUUGGCGGUAGUAACAGUAAAGGUUAUUUUUCAUCGAAAAUAUUCACCAUAAGCAUAAAUACAGAUAAUGAAAAGGAGCAAUGGAAAGAGGUGAAACCGAGAGGUGGUAAAGAAUUAAAUUACCGAGUAGCAGCACAUUCUACAGUUUAUGACGUUCGGACACAAUCUCUAAUAAUUUAUGGUGGCAUUGUAACAAGUACAUCAUGGUAUUCAAAACUUAGUGAUUGCAUGUUUAUUUUUAAUAUACCAUUGAAACAUUGGUCUGAAAUAAAAUUCCCUUUGUCAAAUGUUCCAACUGAACGGGCUUUUCAUUCAGCUAACAUAAUGGGAAAUUACAUUGUUGUUUUUGGCGGUUACACACAUCAUCAUUCUAAAGAAGAAAUUUGUUAUGACAAUGAAAUUUAUUUAUAUCAUCUUGGCUGUCAUACGUGGCUUAGUCGAGAUGUGCUUGGUACUACAGUCAAAGAUUUUACACAUAAAAAAAUAAAUGGAGCAUUUGGUCAUGCAGCAGAUGUUCGUAAUGGAAACACUCUAAUCCUAGUUGGUGGUUAUCGAGGAAAUAUUGUUUCUGAUUUGUUAGCAUUUGUUUUGCCACCUACAUUAGUUCCAACUGGCAAUGAUUCAUACCAUUUAGAACUUAUGUGUUCAAGACAUAAAGGUCUUCAAGAAUGCACUGCUAACCCUGAAUGUGGAUGGUGUUCAUCUGACGACACCUGUUAUGGACGUCACGGCGGAAUAAAUUGCACAACAAAUUUACAAACAACUCGAUGCCCUGGUAUUUGCCAGGCAUUGACUGAUUGUCAUUCGUGUUUAAUCCAUGGUGAAAGUAGUCCUAAUAACAACAACAAUCAAUCUACUACUUCAAUUGCUCAUAUUAUGCAGUUGGGUCGAUGUGUUUGGUGUAUUCAAGACGGCCGCUGUCAUCAUAAAAAUGAUAAUUAUGAAGUAUGUGGCCUACAUAACAGUAUGUAUAAUAGCGGUGGUGCAGAAGUGGCUAAUCCAGAUGACUGUAGAUCACUUGAUAGAAGAUUAGGAUUGACAUUUUUCAAAUAUCUGCAUCCCGCUAAUUAUUCACACCCAGACCUAGUGUCUAUUGUAAAUACUAGUGUAAUUGAUGUUUCAUCUCACAUACCAAUUUUGCGUACUGAAAUAGCGAUCGGUGGCACAAUGGUUGUGCGACUUUCUGGAUUUCUACGGUUUCCUCAAAUUUGGGAUAACCAUAAAGACCAAUUGCAGUUAUGCUCACGAUAUACAACUACUAGCCUAAUUAUGACAUCUCCUUAUAUGUAUCAACCAGAAAUUAACAAAACACAGAAAACUGACAACUGGCAGUGCUUACCGUUAUCAUCUUGGUCCACUGAUGAUCAACCAUUUCAUGCUCCAGAAAGAUAUUUAUUAGAUUUGUCAGCUUACAAGAAUGUAUCUUUUACUAUAAAUACUGGUGCUGCUCUCGUGGAACUACAGCAUAACAAAGGACACAAUAACUCCAAGCCCUUUACAAUAGAAUAUUUAGAACCAUACCAUAGUAGAGAUAGUUCAACUUGUGCCGACUACAAAAACUGCCUCAUAUGUGUUAGCGACGCUAAUUGUGCUUGGUGUGAUCUAAAAUCAGUUUGUACCACAAGAAACCAAACAGAUUCUGAAUUUUGCCACAAUGAUAAUGACGUUAAUGAUUGGAAGUAUUUAGUCAUAUCUCCUCAGAUGUGCCCAAAUUGUUCAAAUCAUGUUAAUUGUUUGGACUGCGUACAAAAUGGUUAUUGUGAAUGGUGGAGCCAAGAAGCUAAAUGUGAACGUCGUGGAAGGUUGUCUGAAGGUGUAGUCUCCGUAGAAUCAUGUCCCAGUCAGUGUUCAGAGAGGCGUUCAUGUUUUGAUUGCUUAGAUAAUGAUCGAUGUGUUUGGUGUCGCGCAACAAAUGAAUGUUUUCACUUUGCUGAAUACACAUCAGAAUAUCAGUUUGGACGUUGCCGAGAAUGGAUUGAUCGUAGCGUUCACUAUACUGAAACAGGACAAAUAGAAGUUGAAAAACCUAUAUCUACAUGUACGUCAUGUGAAAAAAAUACCAAUUGCUCUGACUGUUUACAAACUUUAGGCUGUGGCUGGUGUUACGAUGACAAUAAUCCAAUUCAGGGAGUUUGUACUGAAGGAGAUUUCAGUAACCCAUUAAUAGAGAAGUGUUCUUAUGUAAUGAGUAACAGUACAUACGAAGAAGACAGUAGUUGGGCAUACGCACAAUGCCCUGAUGUUGAUGAAUGUGGACUUGGACUACAUGACUGUCACAAAGAAGCAAAAUGUACUAAUACUCAAGGAUCAUAUAGCUGUCAAUGUAAAAGAGGUUUUAUUGGGGACGGAAAACAUUCUUGUACUAAAACCUGCUACCAUAAAUGUGUGAACGGUUAUUGCAUUGGCGCUCCAGAGUAUACUUGUAAAUGCGAUCUCGGGUGGACUGGGCCUGACUGUGCAAUUAACUGCGGUUGUAAUAAUCAUUCCACGUGCUAUAAACAGCCUGGGAUAUGUGAUCAGUGUCAAGAUUGGACCACAGGAUUGUUCUGCGAACACUGCAAGGCUGGAAGCUAUGGUAAUGCUACUUCAGUUGAAGGAUGUCAUAAAUGUGACUGUAAUGAACACGGAGACGAACAACUUGGAAUUUGUGAUUCUAUAACUGGGAAAUGUUAUUGUAAACAUUAUACUGAAGGGGACAAUUGUCAAACUUGUAAAAAAGGAUUUUUCGGAGAUCCAAAAAAUGGAAAUGUUUGUUAUUACCAAUGUAUGGCCAGAGGUAUUUUAUCGGGAAUGGGACCUCAAGGAUUUGGUUCUAAAUCUGUGGAAGUCAGCGCUUGGGAAACACGACUAGAAGGUCCGCCAUCAAAAGAAUGCCUAUGGAUUAUAGAUCCAGAAAAUAUGCAAAAUAAUUCGACUGCCAUUGGCUCCUAUGUAAUUCAAUUGACAAUAGAUAGUGACAUAAAUGUCCCAUGUGGCAUGAACAGUGUGUACGUUUAUGAUGGACUUCCUAAUUUUGUUUCCAUGUCAAGAACACAUCCAGCCCACUCUCUUGGCGUGUUUUGUACUAGAGAUUCACAAUAUCCUUUAACCAUUGAAGGCAUAACUGGUGUUAUGACGGUUUACUACAAACAGUCUGAACCAACUGAAGGAUUUAAUGCCACAUAUGUGGUGUUUAGUUGUCCAGAAAACUGUCCUUCAAAUCGUGUUUGCAUUGAAAACCGUUGCGCAUGCCAUGAAGGAAGUACUGGUGUUUUCUGUCAAGAUUUGAUCUGCCCAAAUAAUUGCAAUCAUGACAAAGGACAUGGAAUGUGUGAUCAUGAGUACGGUCGAUGUAUCUGCGAGAGCAACUAUGAAGGAGAAGAUUGUUCGAUAUUAGUACCAGUGACUAAUUAUUUGCGACAACCUCUUAUAUUUACAGAUCUGUUUAAUUCUGCUCACGUAUCGGAGAACCUGGACCAUUUGCGCCAAACAUUACCUCGUUUUGGCCAUUCAGUUGUUGCGACCAGACGAGGUCAGCUGUGGCUGUUUGGAGGUUAUUCAUUGUCACAUGGUCCUCUUAAUGAUAUCCGUUUGUUCGAUUCUAAAAAUAAUUCUUGGAUGCAGGUCACUGUGGAUGGUACUAAUGAUGCCCAUAUGCCUAAUGGUAGAUAUUUUCAUGCUGCCGAAAUUGUGCAUUCUAGAAGAGAAAUAUUCGUUUUUGGCGGACUUACACAAAUUCAAACCACUUUUGGCAGGUCAAUAAAAUAUUCAAUGAAGAUUUUAUUUGAUUUCUGGAAAUUCAGUUUGAAAGAUCAGCGAUGGAUCAGAAUACAAACAAAUAAUGAUCCACCCCCUCUGGCUGGACAUACAUUAACAUUAAGAUCAGUUGGGGACAAGGAAAGCCUUAUAUUAAUAGGAGGAUUUAGUCCUGAUUACGGUUUCCUUGAAGAUGUUUGGGAGUACGACCUUCAGUUAGAAUCUUGGAAACAGUGUAAAAUGAGAGGCUAUGGACCAGCUGGAAUUUAUGGACAUAGUGCGGUUUAUCAUGGACCAACUGAUAGCUUAUAUGUAUUUGGUGGUUACAUAUACUCUGUCAACCAAACUGUAAUGACCGAUAAAUUAUUUGUAUUUAACUAUGAACAACAAGUAUGGUCAGUUUUGCCUAAUUUUAAGGAUUAUAACCCUCCAAAAAAUAGUUUGCCAAGAGGACGAUUUUUACAUUCUGCUGUAACUACAGAUGAAUAUAUGUUUGUUUUCGGAGGCCGUACAGAUCCACCCAGUACAAAUGACACUCUUAUAGCAUACUCGUAUGCGUGUAAUCAAUGGAUACGCUUGCUAACACCAGAUAUAUACAUAAUCGGUUUACCUCCACCUCUGACCCACGCUCACGCCAUGACAUUGGAUAUUGACACAAAUUCAAUGUAUAUUCUCGGGGGAUUUGCCGGCGAUAUUCAAUCACGUGUCACACGAAUACAAUUACCUUACGACUUAUGUAAUCUUUGGUCAGGAAAACGAGACAAAUGCAGAUCAUUCAUUGGAUGUUCGUUUUGCGAAUUGAUUGGAACAAAUGUCAGUUACUGUUUUACUCAUCUCGGUCCUGGUUACAACCCUUGCGUUUCGUCCAAUGGUUCAUCACGAACAAAUAACGGUGUGGUUUGUAAUGCAAAUUGGAUAUGGAGCCGUGCAUGUGAGCAAUAUACCUCUUGUACUGAUUGUUUAGCUACUUGGCCAAACAGUUAUUUAGAAAAAACAAACGUGUGUACGUGGUGUGGAAAUUGUGGUGUGAAAGGAAAAUGUGUCAAAGAUCCUUUGGGUUGUGAUAAUCAAUGUAAUACAGUGACAAAAGUAGAAAUGUGCCCUAAUAUUCAGUGUAUGGCAACAGACUGUGAAAAGUGCCAUCAACAAGACAAUUGUUUGUGGUCUCGAAAAAUAGGUAAAUCUGAGUUUGGUACGCUUUUAACUGGAGAAUCGUUAUACGACUGGAGCUGUAACAGUCAAGAUCUCAACCAACGAUCAAAUAUAAAAAUAAAAAAUUCAUCAAUAUGCCCAGAUCGUUGUUCUGCCCACAAAUCUUGUGAAACCUGUUUAUCUUCUCAAGGUGGCGAAGGAGGAUGGCACGAGUGUCGAUGGUCAAUAACAUUAAACGAAUGCGUAUCUCCGAGCUAUCAACCAUUGUAUUGUGCUGGUGGAGUGUGUGGUCUUGUCUUGGGUGGUGGUAACGUUGAUCGUUGUCCCCAGCCUUGUUCCAGUUACACUCAGUGUUCAACUUGUCUGCGCCAUACACAUUGUGGCUGGUGUGCGUUAAGUCAAUCCAACAUAACAGGACUGGGAAUAUGCACAGAAGGCUACAUGUCCAGUCCAGCUUCAGGACCUAAUCAUUCGUGUCAAGAAUUACUUAAUCAAAUGCAUAAUGAACCUGCCAUGGCCCCUUAUCGGAGUUUAGAAUUUCAAGAUUUUGAUAUUCGUGUAGAUGAUAGACUGUCAACUUCCACGGAUGUAGUGUUGUUGGAUCUCGAUACAAAUCCAAAUGGUUCAGUAGCGUGGUAUUAUAUAUCGUGUCCACCCGAGAAUGAGUGUGAAAACGGCCAUCAUAGUUGUGACAAAGAAAGUGAAGAAUGUGUGGAUCAGGCCGAAGGGUUUCGUUGUGUUUGUGGCAAAGGUUAUCAAUCGGAUAUCAACUCUCAGUGUGUACCAAUAUGUUCUCAAGGUUGUGUAAGAGGCGAAUGUGUAAAACCAGAUGUCUGCCAGUGUGGCUUUGGUUAUGUCGGUUCUAAUUGUACUAUACAGUGUGAAUGCAAUGGACAUUCCAACUGUGCUGGUCCUGACCGUCUCACUGAAUGUUUGAGCUGCCAAAACAACACCCAAGGACCACAAUGCCAACGAUGUAAACCGUUGUACGUAGGAAAUCCAAUUGAUCAUGGCCAAUGUGUACCGUGUUCAGAAUAUUGUAAUGGACACUCUCGAGUUUGUGUAGAAAAAAUUGAAUCGGAUCCAUUUGAUUCAAUGGGUUAUAUUAACAAUCAGAACAACGGUUUAAUACAAAAUGAUGGGCCACUAGCUGAUGCAUAUUGUAUUAACUGCAUGGAUAACACAACAGGUCCUAGGUGUUCAGGUUGUCUGCUGGGUCAUUUUAGAGGAUCGUCUGAUGAACGAGAUCCGUGUAGACCUUGUGAAUGUCACGGACAUGGAAGCACUUGUGAUCCAGUUACCGGUGAAAAGUGUGAUUGUCAAAACAAUACCGAAAGUGAUACUAACUGUCAAUCCAGUGGAGUAGCACAUCAUCGAACGAUUAAAAACAAUGUGCAAUUAUGCUGGAUGCAUCAGUGUUCCAAGUGUAAAGACUCAUACAUGGGAACACCAACAGAUGGCCAUCAAUGCUAUAAGCAGAUGAACGUAGACUUCCGAUUUUGUCUUGAUGCAAAACUGCUCGAAGAAUGCAAAAUGAAACCUAAUCCUCUUUACCCUGGGCAAACGUCAUUCUUUGUUGUCCAACCUCGGUUUAUGAAUGUUGACAUACGAAUUACUGUUGAUAUAACACAAGGAGCUGUUGAUUUUUUCUUGACAUCACAUGAAGAUAUAUUUAUAAUUACUAAAAAUACAAGUUUACAUAAAAAUGUUUUUGACUUUGACCCAAGAUUUGAAUGGUUAAGUGAAAUGGAAACUUUCGAAAGAAUUAAUGAAGAAGGAUAUAACUCAUCAAAAAAUUCAAAACAUUUAUUUACAUAUCAAGAACAUAAAACUAAAGGCCUAUCCACAUACGUAACAAUGAAAAAGAGCAUUUCAUUGUUGAUUGUUAAAAACGUUAACAACAGGUUAAUCAUUACACUUCCACAUGACAAGCACGAUUUAUCAUCUACCAGAUAUUAUAUAGCCUUGUUAGCUAUCUCGUCGCUCCCAGUGCAAGCGGCUCAUGUUGUGCCCGUCCCGACGUAUGGAACAGUAUUUUUUAGACAAGACCAACUUCAUAUUGAUCUCUUUGUAUUUUUUUCGGUAUUUUUCUCGUGUUUCUUUUUGUUCCUUGCCGUUUGCGUUGUCGGAUGGAAAGCUAAACAGGCAGCCGAUUUGCGAAGAGCUCGCAGGCAACAAGUUGUGGAAAUGUUGCACAUGGCUAAAAGACCAUUUGCCUUUGUAGCUGUUCUUUUUAACGCAGCCCAACAACCAGACGCCAGUCAGUCGACCAGAUUAGGUGAUAUCAGACCUUUGGCCAUUGAGCCUACAAGUAAUUCCAAUGCAGCGGUAACUACUUUGCUGAUUAAACUACCGGAUCGGGGACAAUCGGCUGGUACCAGAUUAGCGCUCGGCUCUACACUUGUACUGAAUAUGCUUAAUCAGAGAGGAUAUUAUUCAUCAAACGCAAAUAGACAUAAUAGCGGUGGUCCAAGACAUAGAAGGAACGCCCAACAGUGAUCGACUAUUGUUAUGAUAAGAGUAUUAAAUCUAUUAUAAGACUUUAUCAGUAUUAUUUAAUUUUAUUUAACUGAACCAAAUGUGGAGCAUAACGAUUGUGUCAUUGAUUAUUUAACAACACUUAAUUUUCUAAUCAAGUCGAUCAAAAUAACUUAAUAUUAAGAUGUUUUAUCAAUAACAAAAACGAUAAUAAAGUGAUUUGUACUUAGCAUAUUGAUUAUAACGUCAGUGAAUUACUACUCGAGCACAAAGUUGGUGCUGAUCAACGACCAAAUGUAUUUAUUUAUUAUAAUAUUGACUUUUCAAAUUUUAUUAAUUUGCAAUAGUUUUUGUUUUGUGAUAAUUUAGUUUAAAUUUAACAACUGUUACCACUCGCCUAUCACCUUCCCCAUAUUAAUAUGACUUAUAGUGUACUUAAUCCUAUUAUAUGUUAAAAAUUAUAAUUUAAAUAACUUUUUUCUCAAAAGCUUUAUUUUGAAAUUAAAAUUUUCAUUUAAAACUAAAUCUCUUGUCCUCGGGAGCCAAAAUGAAUCUGAAUAACUUCUCAAUAAGAAUAUAUAACAUAUUUUA